CGGUUUGGUUUUCUGUAAAAAUUUGAUGUCUCCAUCUAAUGUUUUCUAAGUGAAGACAGAUAUAGGAAUAGAAAAUAGUAGAGCACUAACAAGAGCCAUGUGAAGUUUAGAAACAUAGGUAUGGAAACCCAAACCUUUGAGACAAUUAUUCAUUUUUCUUCAAUUAUUCAUUCCAUCUCUCCUACCAUUAUCUGUUAGUUAUUUCUAGUAACCAACUUCUACAUUGUUUAUAUAUAUUGUGUGCUUGAAUUUGUUAAGGAAUAAGCAGAAUACACACAAGUUCAGAACCAACUUCAACAUAGUUCAAUCAAGAAAGUGAGAGUGAUGGAACCAUUUACAAGAGAUCACCGUGGCUCACUAGAAGUCUUCAAUCCAUCUUCAUCUGAGAACAACGACGAAAAUCCGAAUCCAAAUCCAAAUCCCAGCAGCUCAUGGAACACUUGGACAAGCUCACGCGCCACCGAAACUCCACCAACGCGCGAUUCCAUUAUCUCCGACGAAGUCCCCGUCGCCACCUCUUGGAUGGCGCUGAAAGAAACCACGGCUCCUUCAAAAUCCGGCGAGUCAGGCUCCGCUGCGGAGCAGAGAGCGGCGGAGUGGGGAUUAGUGCUGAAAACUGAUUCAGAGACAGGAAAGCCACAGGGAGUUGGUGUUCGAGGCUCCGGUGGCGGCGGUGGUUCGAGGAGAGACUCGAACAACUCGGUGAGAAGCUCCGGUGAGUCUUCCGAUGACGGAAGGGAGGGUGGUAGGGGGAUUCCGAGAGUUUCGGAGGAUUUGAGAGAUGCUCUAUCGGCUUUUCAACAAACUUUUGUGGUUUCGGAUGCUACCAAACCCGAUUACCCGAUUAUGUAUGCGAGUGCCGGGUUUUUUAAUAUGACGGGUUAUACUUCCAAAGAGGUCAUAGGAAGAAACUGUCGGUUUAUGCAGGGAGCUGAUACGGAUCCGAAUGACGUGGCAAAGAUAAGAGAAGCGCUUGCGGCGGGAACGAGUUAUUGUGGGAGGUUAUUGAAUUACAAGAAGGAUGGAACAACGUUCUGGAACCUUCUAACUAUUGCUCCUAUUAAGGACGAACAUGGAAAAAUACUGAAACUUAUAGGAAUGCAAGUGGAGGUUAGUAAGCAUACAGAGGGGACCAAGGAGAAGAUGCUGCGUCCCAAUGGAUUGCCCGAAUCGUUGAUUCGAUAUGAUGCUCGUCAGAAAGAGAAGGCAAACUCAACAGUUACUGAGUUGGUGGAGGCAGUGAGCAAAAGACCACGCUCACUCAGUGAAUCAGCAAACCGUCUCCCCUUCAUCAAAAAGCCAACAAAUGGCCAUGCAACACCACCAAAUUCCAAAUCAUCAAGGAGAAAAUCUGAUAGCACUUUGCGUUCAUUCCGACGCAAAUCACAUUCAGGAGCUGACAACUUUAACUCAAUGCAUCCCAUCACUGAGCUCCCAGAAAACAAAAACAAAUCACGCCGCCGCUCUUUCAUGGGGUUCAUGAGGAAAAGUCUGUCAAACAAUGAAAGAUUAAUCAAUGAUGAACAAGUUCUUGACGGGGAUAGCUCUGAGGAUGAUGAUAGGCCUGAUAGUUUUGAUGACAAAAAUAUUACACUAAAGAGGGAAAAGAGAAAAGGUCUUGAUCUUGCUACCACACUUGAACGUAUCGAGAAAAACUUUGUCAUUACUGAUCCAAGGCUCCCUGAUAACCCCAUUAUCUUUGCCUCUGAUAGCUUCUUAGAGCUUACCGAGUAUUCUCGUGAAGAAAUCUUGGGGAGAAAUUGCAGGUUUCUGCAAGGACCUGAAACUGAUCCUGCAACAGUGAAAAAAAUAAGAUAUGCAAUUGACAAUCAAAUAGAAGUUACUGUGCAGCUCAUUAAUUAUACCAAGACUGGUAAAAAGUUCUGGAAUCUGUUUCAUUUGCAGCCAAUGCGUGAUCAGAAGGGAGAGGUACAGUAUUUUAUUGGAGUUCAACUUGAUGGUAGUCAACAUGUUGAGCCUCUUCACAACCGCAUUGCAGAAGAUACAGCAAAGGAGGGAGAAAAUUUGGUUAAGAAAACUGCAGAAAAUGUUGAUGAUGCAUUGAGAGAACUCCCAGAUGCUAAUAUGAAACCAGAAGAUCUAUGGAUGAAUCAUUCAAAAGUGGUUCGUCCUAAACCUCAUAGGAGGGAAGAUGCUGCUUGGAGAGCUAUUCAGAAGAUCAUGGAGAGUGGAGAGAAGAUAGGCUUGAAGCAUUUUAAGCCAAUUAAACCAUUAGGCUCAGGAGACACUGGCAGUGUUCAUCUGGUGGAGCUAUGUGGAACUAAUCAUCAUUUUGCCAUGAAGGCUAUGGACAAGGGUGUUAUGCUCAAUCGUAACAAGGUGCAUAGAGCUUGCACAGAGAGAGAAAUCCUAGACAUGUUGGACCACCCUUUUCUUCCUGCAUUAUAUGCUUCCUUUCAGACCAAAACACAUAUUUGUUUGAUAACUGAUUACUGUCCUGGAGGAGAACUAUUUAUGCUGCUCGACCGCCAGCCGGCGAAGGUUCUCAAGGAAGAUGCAGUGAGAUUUUAUGCCACUGAAGUAGUUGUUGCGUUGGAAUAUCUUCAUUGUCAAGGGAUAAUAUAUAGGGAUUUAAAGCCAGAAAAUGUGUUACUACAAAGCACUGGACACGUGUCUUUAACAGAUUUCGAUUUAUCAUGUUUAACAUCAUGCAAACCAGAGCUCUUAGCUCCAAGUACAAAUGACAAGAAGAAAGGACAGCAUGGUCCAAUAUUUAUGGCUGAACCAAUGAGAGCAUCAAAUUCUUUUGUUGGCACAGAAGAGUACAUAGCUCCGGAAAUUAUAACUGGUUCAGGCCAUACUAGUGCUGUGGAUUGGUGGGCUCUAGGAAUUCUUCUGUAUGAAAUGUUUUAUGGAUAUACACCAUUCCGGGGAAAGAAUAGGCAAAGAACAUUUGCGAAUAUUCUCCACAAGGAUCUUAAAUUUCCCAAAAGUAAACAGGUUAGUCUCAGUGCAAAACAGCUCAUUUAUCACUUGUUGCAAAGAGAUCCAACUAGCAGGUUGGGCUCAAAGGGAGGAGCAAAUGAUAUUAAGAACCAUUCCUUCUUCAAGGGUAUCAAUUGGGCCUUAGUUAGAUGCACGAAACCUCCGGAGCUCGAUGCUCCUCUUUUUGAUACAAACAAAGAGGAAAAGGAAAAGGAAAAGGAUGACAAGUAUGUAGAUAAUGGACAAGAGGAUAUGAAUGUCUUCUGAAAAGUUUCUUUGUCAAUCUACACAUGAGUUUAUUUGGAAUCUUGAGGAAAUAUUUGAGUUUUCAACACUUGCUUUGGUGGUGAUCAAGGCCUAAGAGCUAGUCCAGUCAAAUUCAUAAGCUAGAUUAUGUAAAAUGUUUCAUUGUAAUUUAUUUGCAGUGUGAUUUUUCUAGUUGGUGUGUAAAAUCUUGUUGUAUUUCCUUCCUUUAAUAUUAUCUUUGCUAAGAUGUUAAGAACAUUAUUAAUUACAGUCUUUGAAAGUAAAAUAAUCAUUUUUAGUGAAA